AACGCAUGUGAACAAAAAUCAAAACAAACGCAAGCGGAUGGUUUUGCACAUCGUUUGCAUGUAAAGUUGUUGCAAUAAAAGUAAUUAAAUUUUAACGAAACAGUGUAAUAAAUCGACAACCUAUUCCUAAGAACAUUCAACAGCAAUGAGUACGCUUGCCGUAAGCAACAUUUCCGCUUUGUUCCGACGGUGCUGCACAGUUCAAACCGGAAUCGUUCGACAUUAUGCAACACCAAAACCUGGGGGAGCUCUCGGUUCCAAGAAGAAAAAGCUCGGCAAAUUGGGCCCGGUCGUCGAGAAAAAGGAAAUUCCCGUGGAGACGGAUGCCACCAAGUUGGUCAACUACGUGUGCGGCAGCAAUUUGCUCAAAACCGGCGAAGAUAUCAAGGUGAAACCGGACUCGGAAUAUCCGGAGUGGUUGUGGAGUCUACACGUGGGAAAGCCCCUGACGCUGGAUGAAAUGGACCCGGAGAGUAAGGCGUACUGGCGAAAGCUGCGGCGGAUGGCACUGCAGCGGAACAACAAACUGGCUAAGUUGAAAAAGUUCUAGGAGGGGAAGGUGAGUGAGGACUAGGGACUUUUAUUCGUUGAAAAUGUGUUCUUUAUUGUAGAAUUAUUACAGUUUGUUUGCGAGGUAGAA